AUGGGUGACCAAUCUUUGUUUCCAGUCUAUACUCCCACCCCGAUACGACUGUUGAAUGGAACUCAGCGGCGAAAAAAGGCGUCAAGAUCCCCUGAAAUAGCGUACACCCCGACUCCCAUAAAUGAGCUUUACCGUUACGCACCUGACAGCUUCCAGGGGAUGUACUCCCCGGCUCCCUCAUCUUGGGCUUCGUCAGAGGUUCCAGCCUAUUCCCCGGUAGUCCCCACGCAAACUCCUGUUACCCCAAACCAAGGCUACGAUUUCUCCCUCCCUUCUAUUUCAUAUCUACCUCCAUUAGUGGAAGAGAAAGACGUAUUCGCAAAGCCUGCGUCCCCGUUGAAAACAAAAAAGCCAAGUACAAAUAUCGAGGAUGCGGAUAAUUGCCCGGACUCUGAGGAAAAACGCAAGAAGAUUCUUUCGCUUUACUCCGACUUGUAUGAAAAUGCAGAAGCGGCUCCAUCGAAACCUACAAAAAUCACAAUUUCUGCCCCCCGCCGCACAACUCUACCAAUCCCUACACCGCCACCCAAAGACGCAGAACAAAGCUCGCCCAAUGAACCGAAAAACUUGCCUCAAAGUCGGCCCAAACAACCCCUCCGACCCAGCGGCAAAAUCCCCAUGCCCAUACGCAUUCGUUACCUUGAUCAGUUUGUUGAAGCAUGCAUUCGGAUAUCCCCGUCUAAUCCAGAGGCUUACAGUUUGGCUCUGAAAGAGGAACAAGCUUGUCAUGACAGAGCCCAAAAUCGUCUUGCCUACCUAAACUCUGUGAUAAAUACCCUGAAAAUGCUCAAAUCCCAGCCAGCCUAUGUUGCUAAACCGGCUCCAUCGUCUGCGACUGCAUCAGACGAAGGUGGUAGCGAACCGCAGUCGGCUCAAACGUCUUCCGAAGAAGAUCUAGACGAACUCGUUAGAGGUCCAUCGUUCUAUCACGCGUUGGAGGCGUUCUUGCUAAGCGAGGAAGAACUCGUGUCCAAUGGAUUCCCUCGACUCGACACCAGUGAAAACGCCCCGCGCGGUAAAGCUGUUAUUCGAGUACCCGACAAUAAAAAAGCCAGUGUAGAAGCCUACACAGCCAAUAAACGCGUCUGCUGUCGGUGUGGUCAGGUGUACGAAGUUAACAAGUUUGGCGAGGUCACGGUCAAAAGAGAGUGUGUUUAUCACUGGGGCAAGCCUGUGGGAAGAAGAGUUCCCGGAUCGGGCUUCGAUUUGCGCUACACCUGCUGUCAGGCAGAGAGUGGUGCUGAAGGCUGUGAGGUUGCCAGCGCGGGCCACGUGCACAGUGCUAACAAGUGGUGCGACCUUGAGGGCUACAUCUCCUCCCUGCCACCUGCGAUCCCACCCUCCACCACCUCCCCAGGCGACAGACCGGUGAAUGUGUACGCCGUCGACUGCGAGAUGGUCUACACAACUGGAGGGUGUGAGUUAGGUCGCGUUACUGUGGUUGACACCAAUUUGAAUGUCGUGCUGGACAAGAUUGUGCGUCCCCUGAACCCAAUCGUCGACGCCAACACACGUUUCUCCGGUCUGACUCUCGACCAACUCGCCGCGUCCACCACCCAGAUCAUGGAUGUGCAGAUGGAGUUGUUGCAUUUGUGGGACGAGGACACCAUCUUAAUCGGACACAGCUUAGAAAGCGAUCUCAUGGCUCUGAAGUUUAUCCACAGCAAAGUCGUUGACACGUCGGUGGUUUUCCCGCACAGAAGAGGACCGCCCUACAAACGAGCUCUGAAGACAAUUGUCGGCGACUAUCUGGAUCUCCUCAUCCAAGACGAUGAAGCCGGUCACGACAGCAAAGAGGACGCCAUCGCCUGCAUGCUGGUCAUGCAGAAGAAAGUGAAGGCGCAUCUUCAGAGGAAGAAGAUUCGCAAAAUUCAAUAAACAGAACCCCCUACCCCCUCCCCCCACUCUCUCUCUCUCAGCCCGCGAUAACUGAUACUCGGCCUGUAUAUGACCCUUCUGAAGUCGUCUUUUUUCUGUGCUCUGCCGGUGAAUAGCAAGCAAUGUAGUCCUGCUUU